AUGUACGGCACUGGGCGGGGAUAUGGAAGAGUGCAUCGAGUGGAGCCUCCUGCACCCGCCAAGGGCGUCUACCGAGCACUGAGGCAAGCGUUCACGCGCCACAGAGCGGCGUUCAGAGAGGCACGUGUUCUUAACCUGCGAAAACACCUGAGUGCGAUCAAAUGUCAUCGUGGUGACGGGCAGUCUGCGUCCGAGUACAGAGAGGAUGAAAAACGGCAGACGGGUUGUGCAUUGCAACUUCCGCUCGUGCACGAAAUGCGUCGACAACUGCCGGGAACGGCGCAGUCGGGACUUGAACGCUCCCGUCGACAUCUGUCGACGGCUGACAUCGCAGCUGGGAGAGGUUCAUGA